AUGGCCCCGAACAUCGUCCCGCGGGCCGACCCGCCAGGCAAGGCGCUCGACACGACCGUCAUCUACACGCCCUCGCUGCCCCCGGCGUCCCCCGCCAGCCGCGGCCGCCCCGCCACCAUCGAGGAGCUCCCCACCGAGGUUCUAGAAACCAUAUUUGCGCGGGUGCCGGGCCGGGACCUCGCGCGCUGCGCCGGCGUGUCCCGCCACUGGCGCGCCCUGGCCGGCACGGAGUUCCUCUGGCGCCGCGUCGUCGGUGUCGCGGAAGGCGACCUCGUUCGCGCGGCCACCCUCGCAGCGCACAAUCGCAUGUCCGAGUCGCUGCGCGAGCUCGGCGUGUCGGCGCCGACGCUCGCGCCGGAGGCGCUCGCGAUAGGGCGCCGGAGCUACGCGCGGCUCGCGCCGUGGCUGAAAGCGCGCGGCAUGUCGCCGGAGCUGCUGCUGGAGUCGGUGUCGCGGCGGAGGGCGCCGCCGACGCCCGCCGGGGCGGCGCGCGCGGAGUGGACGGACGCGUGGCCGCAGGACUCGCUCCUGAAGUCGGUCUUCGGGGCCGCGGAGCGCAUCGACAGCAACUGGCGCAACGCGCGGUACCAGACCAGGACGCUGUCGCCGCACAGCGGCAACGUCGAGUGCCUGGUCCACACGCGGUGCGAGCCGCUCGGGGACGUGAUCGUGAGCGGCGGCUGGGACGGGCAGGUCGUGGUGACGGGCCGCGCGAAGGGGAACGUCCUCCGGAGCUUCAACCACGGGGCGGAGUGGGUGACGUGCGUCGCGGCGGGGCAGGCGCUGGUGGCGUCGGGGUCGACGGACGGCUCGGUGAAAGUGUGGUCGUACGGGCUGCAGUCCAGCCCGAUGGCGAUCAUGCAGUACCUCACGAACGUCGCGUCGCUAGCGUUCCUCCACAACUCGGAGCGGUAUCUGUCGGUGGGGUUGGUGGACGGCAAACUGCACGUGUGGGACCUGCAAGAGGGCUCGCUGGUGCGGAUUCUCCGCGGACACCAGGACGUGCCGUGGAUGCUCAAGUCCGUGCCGCUGCACUGGAAGCCGAGGGCGCAGGAGGGCGCAGGCGCCACCGCGCCCGCCACGCACGCGCGAGGGGGGGGCGGCGCCGCAGACGACGCGCCGGCGUUCGCGGGCGGCACCGGGCCCGACGUCGCCGCGAUCGGCGUCCGCAUGGGCCACCUCGCGCACGCGGUCGCCGGCCUUGCCGGCCAGCGGCUGCCAAGCAUGUCGGGUGAAGCACUGGACCGCGUCCGUGCUGCGAUGGAGACGCUCCACGACCUCGGCUUCCUGAGCCGCGCGCGCGAGGUGGCUCCGACGACGGUCCUGGCGUGCGCGCGGGACGGCAUGAUGCGGGCGUGGAACGUUCUGGGCCCGUGUCCCGCGCCGCCGCAAUCGUCGCUCAUUCAGAUCAUCUCCGAGGACGGCCUCCCCGGGCUGGUGCUGGCGCCCGCGGCGGAGUGGCGCGCGCACACGUCGGCGGUGCUGUGCACCGAGGUCGUCGACCUCUCGUCGCUGUCGGAGGCCGACUGUUGGCGCGACCUGGCGGUGGCGCAGAUCGCGCGCCUGAAGCAGCGCGCGGUGGACCGGGCCUCGAAGGAGAAGCCAGCGACGGGGGCGGCGCCCGAGCGGUCCGGCGCCGGCGCGAGCGAGGCGCCGCACGCCGUGCCGCGCCUCGGGGUGCCGCCGGCGAACAGCACCGCUGCGGUCGCAGCCCCGCAUGACUUCGGCGCGGGGGCGGACGAGGCGUCGCGGGUUCUCAAGGAGCGCGGCCCGGGGCAAUACGUGCGGCCGCCGGGGAUCGUUGUUACGGGCGGCGCGGACCGCUGCGUGCGCGUGUGGUGCAUGCAGGACCUGAGCCUGCUGCAGGAGCUCAAAGGCCACUGGCACGGCGUUCUGUCCGUCAGCGUGAGCUUCCCGCAGCGCCCCGCGCUCGCGGACGCCGCGUUACCGCCCGGCGCCGGCGUCGCGGAGCCUCGGGACCCACGCGCUGCUGUCUGGGUGCUGUCCGGGAGCCACGACGGCGAGGUGCGCGUCUGGGACAUGCUCUCCGGGAGCUGCCUCGCCAUCCUCGGGCACCACGCGGGGCCCGUUGCCACGAUUUCGACCCGCGGCGCCCUCCACGUGACCCUGGCGCCCACCGACGGUCUUUCUGCGUUCUACCGGCACCCGUACUGGCCCGCCGACGAGUCGGGCGCGUCGUUCACCUUUGCGCACUCGCUGGCGUUGGAUCCGCGCGGGCUGUCGCUGGGGACGCAGACGGGCGAGGUGCUGGUGCACGACUUUUCGCCGCCGAUCGAGGCGAUCCGGGAGAGGCCGUCGCUGAAGGACACCGAGCUGGGGUGCCCGCACUUCAGCUCCUGCUCGGGCUGCACGAUGGAGAAGAACCUCGGGAUGCCGAGAAGCGCCCGGCAGGCCCAGGCGCUGUUCCGGGGGAUGUCUCUCCCCUUCUUCAUCGACCACGGUCCGCCGCGCGGGUGGCGCUUCCGGGCCCGCCUGGCGGUCCGCGGCAAGCCCGGGAAGCCCGUGGUUGGGUUGUUCCGCACGGGCACGCACGAGGCGAUCGCCAUGCCGAACUGCACCGUCCACCACCCGCGCAUCAACGACGCGGCGGCCGCGAUCCGCGACGUCGCGGCCGCGACGCGCGUGGAGCCGUACAGCGACGCCGGCAAGGGCCCGCCGAGCGGCGACUUGCGGUACGUGCAGCUCACGGUGGAGCCCCGCGCCCCCGAGUACUCCUCGACGCCCGUCUGGAAGCUCCCGAAGUUCUCCCGCGACGCCACCGCCGUCGAGGUGGUCCUCGUCUGGGCGGCGACCGACGCCGACGCCGCGGUGCGGGACUCGGCGCGGCUGGUCGACCGGCUGUGGCGCGACCACGGGCUGCACGGGGGCUCGGGGCUGGUCUCGCGAAUCUGGAUCAACGCCCAGCCGUCGAAGGGGAACGCGAUCUUCGCGAAAACCCCGCACAGCUGGCGGCUGGUGCGCGGCACGGGCGCGCUCGCACAGCCGAUCGCGGACGGCCUGGCGGUGAGCGUCGGGCCGGGGAGCUUCAUGCAGGCCAACCUCGAGAUGGCGGCGCGCGCAGUGGCGUUCGUUGCGGACUACAUCCCGGCGGGCGCGCGUCUGACGGACCUGCAUGCUGGCGUUGGUGCGAUCGGGUUCGCGCUGGCGGCCCGCGGCGGGCUUUCGUCGCUGCGGUGCGUCGAGGUCGACGAGGCGGCGGCGGCGGCGUUCCGCAGCACCGUGGAUGCCGCGUGGCGCGGCAGCGCGCGUGCGUUUGGCAUCGAGCGUCCUCGGAUGCACGUGGGGCGCGCGGGCGACGCCCCGGAGCGGUGGACGGCCGACACGGACGUCGUCGUUGUCGACCCGCCGCGCAAGGGCCUGGAGCCGGCGCUCCUGAGCGAGCUCGCGGACGGGUGCGCGGACAAGCCGGGUCCCAACACCCUCGUGUACUUCUCCUGCGGAUUUCCGGCACUCCAGAGGGACGUGGCGGCGCUGCUCGAGGGGCGGGCCGGGUGGGAGGUGGCGGCGGCGCGGGGGUUUGUGUUCUUCCCGGGUUCGGAUCACAUCGAGACCGUCGUGGUCCUGAAACGCACGUGA